AUGUCAACUACUGAAGCUGCUGAUGCUGGAGCAACACGUGUCAAGUUGGUCGUCGUCGGUGAUGGAGCCGUCGGAAAGACUUGUCUGUUGAUUAGUUACGCUCAUAAUGAGUUCCCAACUGACUACGUGCCAACUGUAUUCGAGAACUACACAGCGACUCGCAAGAGAAAUGGAGACGACAUAAAGAUACAUCUAUGGGAUACCGCUGGUCAGGAGGAGUACGAUCGUCUCCGUCCACUGUCCUACCCAGGCGCCGAUGUCGUCCUGCUCUGUUUCUCAACAAUCAGCCAAGCAUCAUACGAGGCCAUCAGAGACAGAUGGGCACCAGAGGUCAACCAUUAUAUACCAGACGUUCCACUCAUCUUGGUAGGCACCAAGACUGAUCUGAGGGAGGCUCAGCACCCUGAUCCAAACUCUGGCAAGUUCGAGCCAGUCACUGCAGACAUGGGUACAUCGAUGGCCAAACAGAUUGGAGCACCAUUUUAUUUAGAGGUAUCGGCCAAGACUCGCACCGGUCUGGAGGAGGUGUUCAACACCGCCAUUGAUCAAGUGCUCAAAUCACGAGGCGACACCAAGGUGGACACUGCCAAUGCUCCAGGUGCUGUUCCAACCGAUAAGAAGGACAAGGCUGGCAAGAAGAAGAAGAGUGGAUGUCUCAUUCUAUAA